AUGAUCCCAGGCAUCACUGCCACCAUGGAAACAGUCCCGCAAGAGAUCUUUCUAUCUAUCCUUGAUUACAUCGGAAAAGAGGAACGCCAUUUAAAGCCAUAUCUGACCGUUUCUCGACGCUGGCAGCGCGUUAUUGAACGGUUCUUCUUCAGAAGUCUCGAGAUUAAGAACACUAGUCUAUCUACGUUUGCAAGACUCUUCCGUGAAACCGAGGCCCAUCGCAAAGCUCUGGUUGAGUCACUUGAUUUCCAGGUUCUUCUACCAACCUACGACGGGGAUAAUUACCAUCAGCAUGAAGAGGCCAACAAUCAAGUAUUCUCCACUGCUAUUCUUGAGCUAUUCCAGGUGCUUGAGACCUUUAAUGAGGAUGAGAAUGUCAAGAGAAAUAUUAGAAGGGGUGAUGGGCUGGAUUUACAUAUAACCUAUAUAUUUUCGCCGAGCGAUAACUUCUAUGAUCUGGACCAUAUCGCUGGAAUUAGUGGGAGAUAUAUCAAGCUCCUGAACCACGAAAGGUUGCCUACCCUCUCAUGUGUAUCUAGCUUUUAUUCUCGCCAUGGUGGUGGAUCACGUAUUUUAGACCCUGCAUCAGGCAUUCUUAUUGCAGGCAAGCUUAAGGGUUUACAAGUCUCUGCUAACGAAUAUGAUGACCAUCGAGACUAUAUUGGCGACGAAACCCGGAAGAUAAUUCGGCCUGCCUUUACAAAUGCCCUCUCUCUAUAUACUCAUUCCUUAAGGAAGUUUAAGCUUGAAAUGGAGUACUCCGACCCACCUGAUGAAGCAAUUGAUCCCCCGAAUUAUAUCCCAUCUUCCUCGCUAGUGGACCCAAUGAAUCUUGCAUUCCACGAGUUUAUUCAGCGAACAGGCGUUUCGAUAGUAUAUAUUAACGGAAGUCAUAUUAUCUCACCAGAGUUCUUCUGGCCAUAUGAUAACUUCAAGCCGGCUCCGACACCAUUUUGGCCAAAUUUAAAGGAGCUAUGUGUUUCGAUAUCGUCAGCCACUCCCAAUGGGGAGUGGUACUUUAUGGGUGAUUCAAAAAUUGCUUCCCACUCUGAGUUUAUAGGGGCUACUAGGAAGAAUGAUACCCAGGAAUCUUAUAGCAACGAGGAUUCUCAGAACACAUUUCGCAGUAUUCCAAACCCUGAGAGGAUGGACCCCCUUCUAAUAGCCAUGGCACAGGCUAUCCGUUAUGCACCCUCUAUUGAGCGAGUUGAUCUAGGUUGUACCGACCCAGCGUUAUCCCCAAAAUAUAUCAAAGUCGCAGGCUUUAAACGGCAAUUUGACAUUUAUUAUCGUACUAGUGGCAUGGAGAGCCCAUUCUUCCAGGGUCCACAAAUCCAGAAGCCUAGCUUUAUAUGUGAUGUACAAGACUGGCGCCCUAAUAAGGAGGUUGAGAGGUAUUGGAUGGAGGCAUUGGGGCCCGACGGAGAGAUAGUUUAUCGAUAG